AGAUUUGAAUCGAGAAAGUUGAUCCGAGACCAGCGUUGCCUUUGUUUCAAUACCAUUACUAUCGAGACAUGGUCUAACUACGACGUAGUUAAGGGAACGCUCCUUUUGCGUGUGGUUUGGGGAAAACCUCUAACCUACAUUUCGACCGUUGCAGGACAGACGCACAUUUUAAAUACUUAAUAGAAAAAAUAUAUAUCGCUUUUGGGAAACCGGGCCCUGGAAUUACUCUUCAGUUAAUUUUCACGCACGGCGUUUGGAAGGGUAUAUUGGGUAAUGAUGACACAAAAGUUGGCGGAGUCCUUUUUAUUCAGGUUCAUGGAGAAGAUGAAGCUGAUCAUCUGUCCUUAGUGAGCCCACCAUUGGGGGUGUUCACUCACGGGGGUAGUGGUCGCAUUUACCAGGGUCACUGUGUCCCAGACUGGUUUCAUCUAAGCAGGUAUUGGCCAGUCAGUUUACUGCAUGUGGACGGUCUCAGCCAAUGAUGGCUCACUGGCCAAAAGUGGCCUGGGUCCUACUGUUAACGGUCAUUGCUGAUUGGCUGGAAGCUGCUCAGUCACGGGACUUCACAGUGAAAGACAUCAUCUUCCUACACCCGUCAACCACUCCUCACCCAGGAGGGUUCAAAUGCUUCACAUGUAAAGACGCACCAGACAACUAUGAAUGCAAUCGCUGGGCACCAGAUGUUUACUGCCCACGAGACAGCAGGUACUGCUACACCUUCCACAUGAUGGACACCUUGGGAGGCAGUGUGUCUGUUACAAAACGCUGCGUCACCCUGGAUGACUGUCAGUCCAUUGGAUGCACAGAUGCCAGCCAUGAAGGAUACAAGGUCUGCACUGCUUGCUGCGAAGGAAACAUCUGUAAUAUGCAGUUGCCAAGAAACAAGACAAGUGCCAUCUUUUCUACCACCUCCCCCCUCCACAGUACAAACGGUCAAGUCAACACUAACUGGCUGCUUAUUGGCUGUCUCAGCACUGCUGUCGUAAGUGCCACGCUGGCCAGCGGUGUAUGACAUCUAACACCAAGACUUAUGGAAGGAGAUGGACGUUUGGGGGGGG